AUGACGGGCACCCUGCGGCAUAGAAAUGCCCCACCGAGUGUCCGUGGUAGGCUCGUUUUGUAUUGGAUGGGCCUAUUGAUUGCGGCGCUGGCCGCCUCAGUUCAGGUUGCAGCUCAGCAGGUCACCGUGCAGAGAAGCGGCUUCGAGAACACACCGGAAAAGUUUUUCUAUUUCAAAGAAUCAGAGGUCAUAUUAUGGUUGGAUGGUGCGUCCCAUAACGUUUGGCGCUCAGAUGAUCUUGGCAAGAAAUGGUCCUCUGUAAAAGAUAUCCCUGAUAAUGAAGCCCAUUUUAUAUAUGAACAUCCCUUUGACAAUAACAAGGCUUACAUCCUGGGAAAACAUACACAUCACUGGAAGACUUCCGACCGAGGCGCUACGUGGCAGCCUUUUGAAACGCCGGUGGAGCCGGCGGCCUCGUAUCCACAUUUGGCAUUCCACGCUGAACGAUCAAACUAUGUUUUAUUUACCGGUUUCAAGUGUAAAUUUGGUGGAUUAUCCGGCUUUGAUUGCCAUAGUGAGGUCUAUUAUACCCUGAAUAAUUUUGAGGAGUUGAAUUUAUUGCGUACACAUACCACCUCUUGUAUUUGGUCCCUUUCAAGCCGUCAGUUCCAGAACGCGCCGGUAAAGGAAAUCAUGUGUGUCGAGUCACCACGGAAAAGUGGGCUCGUCAGUUUACUCAAUCCGGAUGAAUUGCGGCUUGUUCAAUCCGAAGACUUUUUCCAUUCGGAGCAACCCGUCAACUUUGGAACGGGCACCGACGUUCGUGGCGUCAUUGCCGUCAGUGCCGUCAACAAGUUCCUGGUGGCAGCUGUCAAGCCAUCGCCCACACAAUCGGAUAUGGAUCUGUACAUUUCGGAAGAUGGAGAAAAUUGGCACGAAGCCGUGUUUCCCGAAGGAUCCGCGUUGCACGAAAAAGCGUUCACCAUUGUCGAAUCCACCGGUGCCUCCUUGCUGGUAGACGUCCUUGCAGGCAACAGUGAGAGUUUUGGUUCAUUGUACAAGUCCAACUCGAACGGUACCUUUUUCGUCAAGAGCUUGGAAAACACCAAUCGCAACACCAUGGGCAUCAUCGAUUUCGAGCGAAUGCAAGGCGUUGAAGGUAUCAUGAUUGCAAACACUGUAACCAAUGCCAAGGAAGUCGACAGCGGCAAUAGAAAACGUCUUCAAACCCGCAUGAGUUUCGACGACGGCGCUCAUUGGACACUCAUCACUAAUGUCAAAGAUACAAAUGGAAAUAAUAUGCAAUGCUCAGAAUCAGAGUGUGCUCUUCACAUGCAUUCGGUCACUUCCCCACACAACAUUGGCCAAGUGUUUACUUCCAAUUCUGCCGUCGGUGUGAUGAUGGGUGUUGGUAAUUUUGGCCAGCAUUUACUGGAAUACGAACAAUGUGAUACCUACCUGUCCGUUGAUGGAGGUCUCCACUGGAAAAUGGUUCGUGAAGGAGCUCACAAGUAUGAGUUUGGUGACAUGGGUACCCUGAUCGUUCUUGUGGAUGAUGAACGGGAAACCGAUCACAUCUGGUGGAGUAAAGAUCGAGGCAAUAGCUGGCAGAAACAGGAGCUUGGCACGACCAUUCGUGCACGUUUGCUUACGACGGAUCCUAAAUCGACAUCGCGAAAUUUCUUGCUGGUAGGAAGAGCUCAACGAUCGGAGAGUAGCCCCUACCAGGCAAUCCAUUUGGAUUUUACCCAGAUGUAUCCUCGUCAAUGUGUUUUGGAUGAAGGAAAUGAUCAAAAGAGCGAUUUUGAGAAAUGGUUUGCCCGAGACUUGACUCCCGGUCCUGACUGUUUGAUGGGUCACGAACAGAUGAUGUAUCGUCGAAAGGCCGAUCGCGAUUGUUACGUCGGCAACGAUUUCCGUGAUCCCGUGAUGGAAAUGAAGCCAUGUCCGUGUACGGAAGCCGAUUAUGAAUGUGAUUACAACUUUCAACGUUCAUCCGAUGGUAAAUGUGUCCGCAUUGGUCCUGAUCGGGUACCCGCCGAAUUGUGCGUGAGCGGCGACGAUACGUAUCCUGGCUCCAGCGGUUAUCGUUUGAUUCCAGGCAACACGUGCGAUGUUUCGGCAGGCAAAAAAUUGGAUGAACCCAUCGAUCGGAGCUGCCGCGAGAACGCCAAAAUGCCCAGUACUUCGCGCCCUUCCAAUGGCUUAGCCAAACCGUCCGAUGACGAUAUUCAGACUCAUCAAACGAUCUUUGCCGAUGAAAUUGAUCAGUUCAUGUAUUUCAAGGAUUCACCGGCGAUGCUACUUCGACUUCGCAAUGGCGAAUUGUGGCGAUCGGAAGAACAUGGGAUCAGGUGGCAUCGCGUGCUCGAAAACGAAGGAAGAGUACGAAGCUUUGUCAUGCAUGAAUUUGAUAACUCGCGAGCUUACGCGGUGAUGGACAACGAAAUCUACAGUUCCAAAGAUCAAGGCGCCUCAUGGGAGCGUAUUCAAACCCCUUUACCUCCCAGCAAGCACACCUCGCAGGUGCUCGAUUUCCAUCCCCAGGAAAAAGAUUGGUUACUGUUCAUUGGUGAUGCCACGUCCACCCCACGUCAUUCGGAAGGCUUCAUUUCGAGAAAUCACGGCGGUCGAUGGGAUGCGCUCGACAUGUACGUCGAAAAGUGUAUCUUUGGCCGUGACUCCAAAUACGACAUUGAAAAGGAGACCGUGUAUUGUUCUGCGUACGAAAAGAAUCUUGUCAACGACAACCUCAAGCUGAUGCGUACAGUGGACUGGGGACGAAGCAUAGAAGUCUUGUUUGAACGCGUGGUGGAGUUCUUUGUGAUUGAAGAUUUCAUGGCCGUCGCAUCAAGCCAACAUGGUGAUCUUUCACUGUAUGUCAGUAUCAACGGUCGCACCUUUGCCGAAGCUCAAUUCCCCCCGGAUCAAUACAUCGAUCGCAAUACUUUUACCGUUCUGCAAUCCACUACGCAUUCCAUUCUUCUCAACAUUUUCAAAUCCGUCAACUUUGGUAAAGCUCACGGUGCACUGUACAAGUCCAACGACAAUGGCACCUUUUAUCAUUUGGCGCUGGACAACACCAAUGGUGACGCGUUAGGGUUCGUGGAUUUCGAAAAAAUGCAAAGCAUUGACGGAAUCAUCUUGGCAAAUCAAGUCAUGAAUGCGGAUGAGCUGGUGGGCAACCGGGAUGUUUCAAAAAAAGUGCGUACCAUGAUCAGUUGGGAUGACGGCAGUCAAUGGCAACCAUUGUCACCACCCCACCAAUUCGAUUGCAAUGGCAAAGAUUGUACACUCAAUUUGCACAGUCGCACGGAUAUUCACGGUCCCGGGGCUAUCUUCACCGCGAGCGGCGCUCCUGGUCUUGCCAUGGGUGUCGGUAAUGUCGGACCCUCUUUGCUGCCUUAUGAGCAGAGCAACACAUUCCUGACGCGCGAUGGAGGCCAUAACUGGGUUCAGGUCGUGGAAGGCGAACAUCUUUACGAAUUUGGCGAUCAAGGCUCGUUGCUCGUGAUGGUGAACGAUGAAGGCCCUACGAACGAAUUACUCUACUCAUGGGAUCAAGGCGAGAAUUGGCAUUUCUACAAAUUCUCGUCGGUCCCCAUUCGUGUGAACGCACUUACCACAGAUCCCAAGUCUACCACGCUACGAUUCAUUAUCAUUGGCCACACGCGCGACCAUCAGCGAUCGCAGGUCAUCAUUGUCGCCGAUUUUGCAAACACAAAACGUCGCGCUUGCAAUCUCGAUAAACACAAUGACGAAAAGAGUGAUUUUGAACGAUGGAUUCCCAAAGACGAUGACGGCGAUGACGCAUGUUUGUUGGGCAAGAAAACGGUUUAUUGGCGAAGAAAGAAAGAUCGCGUUUGCAUCGUAGGCAACAAGUUCCAAGAACCUGAAGUGAUUCAAGAAAACUGUGAAUGCCGUGACAUCGAUUAUGAAUGCGAUUUUGGUUUCUGGCGUAACGAUGAGGGUAAAUGCGUCUUUUAUGGUCGCCAUCCUGAUCGGCCAACGGAUUGUAAAGCUGGAAAGAAGUUCAAGGGACGAUCUGGAUAUAAAAAGAUCGCCAAGAGCUCAUGUACUGGCGGUAUUAACUUGGAAAAGGAACAAGAAUGGGAUUGCGGUGAAGGCGGCGAUAUCCAAUCCACAAAGCAUGAAUUUACCGAUCGUAUUGUGGAUUACAUUUACUUUACUGAUACAGACAGAGUUUUUGUACGCACCGCCGAUGGUGAAAUUUGGAGAAGUGAUAAUGAUGGUCGUCAAUGGAAAGAAAUGUUCCCGGGCACCAACGUGAUUGCCAUCUAUCAAAACCCUCAUUUCGAAGAACGGGCAUACUUCAUCACGGAUGGAAAGAUUCACUACAGCACUCAAGAUAAAGGCAGCAACUUUGACGAAAUGUCGGUGCCACUGGUACCGGUGAUGAAUCUUCAGGGCACCGUACUCCAGUUCCACAAAAACGAACCCGAUUACCUACUUUAUUUGGGCGAAAGUGAUUGCGCCGACUUUUUCUCUUUCAACUGUCAUUCGCAAGCGUUCUAUUCACGAGAUAACGGACGAUCAUGGCAUGCCAUUGACACUUACAUCCGCAAUUGCAUUUGGGGCCGUGAUGGCGGAAUUGAAAGCGCGGAUCAUGAUUCCAUCUUUUGCGAACAGUAUCGUGAAAAGUCGGGUAAUCAGCGGUCUUUCUUCACCAAUCCCGUCCAGUUCAUUUCUUCCAACGACUUUUUCUCCACGAGAAAUUAUCUGUUCGAUGACAUUGUGGGCGUUGCUGUCUUUGGAAAGUUCUUGGUGGUGGCAGCAUCAAACAUUGGUGGCGCCACAUUGCGUCUUCACGUGAGUCUGGACGGUAAAACAUUUGCCCCAGCUACCUUCCCUGCCUCUUUUGAUCUGUCGCCAGAGGCUUUCACCAUCAUGGAGUCUGCCAAUUCAAUGUGGAUUCAUGUAUCGACCAACACGCACAAGGGCAGCGAAUAUGGCAACAUUUUCACAUCCAAUUCCAAUGGCACAUAUUUCGUCUUGUCGUUGGAGAACGCCAACCGUAACGAACUCGGCAUCGUGGACUUUGAGAAAAUGCAAGGUAUCGAAGGUAUUGCCCUCGCAAACAAGGUGACAAAUCCUAGUCGUGCGAAUGGCGGUGACCCAAAGAAACUGGCUACGGUGAAAACUGCCGACGCAGGUGCCCACUGGGUGCCUUUGGAUCCUCCGGAAGUGGAUAGCAAUGGCAAGAAAUACAACUGCCAUGGUAACCCAUGCAGUCUACAUUUACACGCUUAUUCGGAACGUAAGAACACGCGGGAUCUCUUUAGCACGUCCAGCGCGGUGGGCUUGAUGGUCGGUGUCGGUAACGUCGGCAGUGAUCUCCUGCCUUAUCGUGAUGGCGAUAUGUUCUUGACCCGCGAUGCCGGCAAAACCUGGUUCGAAGUCUACAAAGGUGCCCACUUGUGGGAAUUUGCCGAUCAAGGCGCCCUACUGAUUUUGGUAGACGAUGAAGAUGCGACCAAUAGCGUCAAAUACACUACGAACGAGGGACUCUCAUGGAAUGUUUACGAAUUUGCCAAAAAGAACGAAAAGGUGAAAGUAGAUGAUAUUAUCACGCAACCAGACGGCACCAGUCAAAAAUACGUAUUGUUCGGUACAGAGCGUGGCACGGGCAAAUAUGUAGGAUAUCAUAUUGAUUUUAGCGCCAUUCAUCCCACCAAAUGUAAACUGGAUCUUGAUCAUCCGAACGACGAUGAUUUCGAACUAUGGAGCCCUGAGGAUACCCGCGGUGAAGCAUGUCUGUUUGGCCGUGAGACGAAAUAUUAUCGACGUAUUCGGGAUCAUGAUUGUUACAUUGGCGAACGAUUGGUCCAACCUCGUGAAGAAGUUCGUAACUGCACCUGUACGCAAGAGGACUUUGAAUGUGAUUUCAACUAUGUACGAGACAAGAACAAUAAAUGUGUUUUGGUGCCUGGCCUUUCGGCGCUGGUUCCCGAAUGUGAUGGUACCAUCGAUUUCUUCUAUGAACCCACAGGUUAUCGCAAGAUUGCUGCUUCUACCUGUGUAGGUGAGGAAGAUUUCUUGGGUAAAAAGCAUUGGUGUCCUGGCAAGAAACGAUCACGCACCAUGUGGCCAUUGUAUGUUUUCGCUCCCAUGGUUGGAGCUGGCCUGCUGUUUGCUUGUCUUUAUUAUCGCAAACACGGUCGCAUUGGACGCAUUCGUCUUCCGGACAGUGCACGACCAUCUGGCAAUGUGUUAUCCCAUCCUUGGGUAACGAAAAUCUUUGCUGCGGCGGUGGUGAUUCCUGCAGCGCUGAUUGGUCUUAUUUCACGCAUCCCACUGCCUCAGUCAUGGUCGGAUCUGAAUAUUUUCCGUCGUUUCAAUCUCUUCAAUAGACAGAGAGGUCCUCGAUACAGCCCGCUCGGGCAAGACGAACAGACCGACGUUCUGUUGGAUGAUUAUGAUGGUUCGACAGAACAUUUGAUCGAUGAAGCCGAAGAAGAUGCCGACGAAUUGUAA